GAGAACUAACAAAUUAAAUUAUCUCUUGUUUUUUCAGAGCGUUUGCCUCGAGCGCCCUGUCAUAGCAGUUAUUUCUGAAAUUCAAAAAAGAAUUAUAACAGCAGCAUAAUGGUGGCAGACACAGCUUUGUAUCAAGUACUGGAAGUGAGCCCCAAUGCGACAGAUGCACAGAUUAAGAAGCAGUACCAUAGGUUGGCUAAAAAGUAUCAUCCGGACAAGAAUCACCAGGGAGCAGCUGAGGCGGAGGAGAAAUUGAAGGAGGUGAAUUUGGCGUACGAGGUGCUGAGUGACUCAUCUAAGAGGGCCAUGUAUGACAGGUACGGAAUGGAUGCAGUCAAAGACUCGUCGGGAGGUGCUUCGGGACACAUGGACGAUGUAUUCGGACACUUCUUCGGAUCCUCGGGGGGCAUGGGAGGUGGCGGCGGACACCCCUUUGAAGACAUGUUCUCUCCCUUCGGUGGGUUUGGCGGCGGAGGAAGAGGUAGACGCCAGCAGCCAACCAAGGGCAAAGAUGUGAUACACCCCCUUAAAGUUAGCCUGGAAGAUCUCUACAAAGGCAAGACGAGCAAAAUACAGCUGAACAAGACAGUUCUUUGCAAAAAAUGCAAUGGACAAGGAGGGAAGCCUGGAUCUGUGAGUGUGUGUCGCGAGUGUGAGGGUCAAGGACGGGUUAUCAAAGUUCGGCAGCUGGGACCUGGAUUCGUGCAACAGUUCCAGACAGAAUGCUCCGCCUGUAACGGACAAGGAAACAAGAUACCGGAGAAGGACAAGUGUAAGACGUGUAAUGGGUUGAAGGUGGUCAAAGAGGUGAAGAUUCUGGAGGUUCCCAUCAAGAGGGGAUCCAGACACGAUCAGCGAAUCACUCUCAGGGAAGAGGGAGACCAACAGCCUGGUAUGGAGCCCGGAGACGUGGUCAUUAUCUUGGCAGAACAAACGCACAAAACCUUCACGCGGAAGGGAGAUCACUUGAUCUACAACAUGCAGCUCACACUCUCAGAGGCUCUCUGUGGAUUCGACCACGUGAUCAAACACCUCGACGGACGCACAGUUGUCUUGUCCAGACCAGCCGGCCAGGUAAUGGACAACAACGGACUCUGCAUAGUACCGGGCGAGGGCAUGCCCAAAUAUGGAAAGGCUGCUGACCCCGACACGGGCUUGGUACCGAGGGGUGACCUGUACGUAACAUGUGACGUCAAAUUCCCAGACAGGAUUGAAGACUCAGAUAAACUAGAGAAAUUUCUACCUGCUCGGCCAGUUUACGACAUGACACCUCAUGGACCAGAAGGAGUGCUAGAAGACGUGGACAUGAUGGAAUAUGACGUGGAGGCCAAUGGAGCUCACGCCCACCACCACGCCCACAGUAGUCCCUUCGGGGGCCCAGGAGGCGACUCAGACAGUGACGAUGACGCGGGGGGUCCUAGAGUACAGCAAUGUGCGACUGCUUAACCGUUUAGAAAAGACUUGUUCUACAAGGAGAUCAUAACAAGAAGAAAUAUCCCGGAUUUGAUCAUCAUAAUCUGACGCAAUGUACCAAUGGUACUAAUUUGAAGAUCCAAGAGGGAUGUUGUUGUCCUUCGACAAUGCUGCGCCUCAAUAACACAGCUGACGUAUCCCUAAAAAGUGUUUUUGUUGUGUAAUUUGAAUGGAAUACAACUAUGGAUCUAUAAUCAAACAACAGACAACAGCUGAUCCAGUUGCGCAAUUCAUGUUCUUUGAGAAGUCUUCUCAAAGUCAAUUCAUAUGCUACCAUCUCGUUUUUUUUUAUUGUUUCAAAUUAGUUCUAAUGUACUAUUAUUAUAAAGCCACUGACGUUGACACAUGAAGGAAUUCAAUGGUUCAUAUUAUAAUUCAAGCUAUUUAAAAUUAA